GGGAAGUCACUCUAAAUUUCUUGCAUUUGCGGACAUCACAACGAAAACGACAGUCAGAGAAGUGAUUAUGAUUGAUCGGAACAAACAUGCAAUGAAGUUAAUGUCUUGCUGAAAGGAUUCAUCAGGAAAGAAAAUGUUCACAUCUGCUGCGAAAACACUGCUGAAAAACCACAUUCGCCAUGCGGACACCCACAACAGGAUGGUGGAGGAGUCGGAGAUGUGGGCAUGUCACGGCAAACUUUCGAAGAUAGACAAUCACAGAGAUACUACAGAUAAACGCAGAACGAGAGAAGAACGUACAAACUCUAGGUAUGACAAGCGAGGACAAUCCAAUCCGUUUACAGGUCGGAAUGACAGCCAAGCUUCCUUCUUGUAUGACCGGCGGGAUGAAUCGGAAUCCCCUGAAGAUCGAGGAGGUGCUUACAUGGACAGACAAGAAUCAGAAAGAACAGUGUCCAGGAAAGAAUGGAAAGCUAGCCAGGAUCUUAAAACAGGAAUUGACAGAUGGGACCACGGUGGAUAUGAGAAACAGAAUCCAAGCAGAAAGCUGAGGAAGGUUAAAGAAGAAGAGAGGUGGGGCCACAGUGGAUACAAGAUGAUGUACCCAGGAGAUUUUGACAGCGACACCUCAGACGACCACAGGAAAAAACGAAAGCGAGAACGCAGCAAAAGAAAAAACAAAAAGUACAAAAAGCGAAAGAAAAAACGAAAGAAGAAUAAGGACAGUGAGAAAAAAGCAGAGAAAGAACAUAGCGAUACAGAUCAAGUCAAAACUGAAACAAGUGAUCUGAAAAAUAACUCUGAUCUAAUGCUCAUGCAAAGAUUUAAAAGAGAAAUACGUCCGGAGAAACCAUCUCAACCUAGAAUGAAAAUGAGGACUUGGAAUAGUGACAGUUCUGCGGACUCUGAUGAUAAUGGAGACCGAAAAAUCAAGUCAGGGAAAUACAGGAGAAGAAAAUCUGAGGGAAACAGAUCUGAUGAGAGUUCUGUUGAUUCUAGUUAUGACAGUGACAGUGAAGGAGAGGACAGGUACAGAAAAAGAAAGAAAGUGAAAACACGAAGAAAAACGAAGCGACGUCAUGAAAGUGACGUGUUGUCUGAUUCAGGAGAAAACUAUCCAUCAAGUCGGAAAAGGGUUUGCUCAAGUCGGACAUCAUCGUCCAGUGACUCUACUGAAGAAUACUCAGGCCAACUGAUGUCGGACAAGCAAUACUCCGAAAGGAGAUAUAGUGAAAAUUCUGAUUUAACUGGCGAUUCAGAUUCUAAUAGGAAAAGAAAGAACGACACAGAUAUAGGUUAUUCUACUACGAAAAAACAUAAAAAGAAGAAAAAGAAACAUAGAUAUAAGUGAAAGUAGCGUGAAAUUUGAAUAACCUCAGGAAUAAUUGUAAAAACAUUGGUCAGUACAGAUAACUAACUGUUUUUGUGUCACUGUAUGCUAAAGAUGAUUUAACAGGGUCAAUAUUUACUGAAAGCAACAAAUACUGCUCAUAUACAUGGCACGAGUUGCAACUGGUCAUCUGUACCUGGCAGGGUUUCCCACAAAGUGACAAUUAUACCAAUUUUCUCAGAUAAUAAGCCCAUCCAUACCCAUUUUUCAGUGAACUGUAUAGAAUGCUACAAGAAAAAUUUCAUAAGGGCCUUAAAAAGGUCUUGAGGUCGGUAUGACUAGAUUUAUACACACCAUGCCAGUUGUUAGAGAUGUACAUUGUAUUUGCUUAUUAGGAAAAAUCACAUUUUAAGAGAAAAUUCUGUACCACAGUUGUGAUUAUCAAUCUGAGGUGGUAGGUUACAGUGCUAUCCAUAUAGCAACAUGUAAUUUGAAGAAUUAAAUAAAACAUUGACAAUUUAAAAUAAAAUUCAAUUAAAUAUGUGAUAUUUUGGUAACACAAAGUUUAUUUUAUGAUCAAUUUCAACAUUCUGAUCAAAUUUUAAGAAAGUCAUAUUCUCAUAAAAUCUUUGCCAAUACUAUAUCGGAAGUGGGGGAUGAUACCCGGCCCGGUACAGAUUAUUGUGGUCUGUCGUGUUGGUUCGAAUUGUCUGUAUUUAUCAGAGGUGGAAGAAAACCAUUGCUGUCUAUAACCAGUGUUUGCAGUUGGUAAAUUGCCAGAUAUUUUUAGUGUCAACAACUGCUGGCACAACUCGUAAUGAAUAAACAAAAACCAAAUUCUGUUGGUAAACAAAAUAUUUAAUGAUGUACAAAAUUUACAUGUUAUAAGAUAGCGACAAUUCAAUGUAUUUACAGAUGUGAAAAAUUAUAAAUAAAUUCAUUAUCUUGUUCAGAACACCCA